CGACGGAUCUGUGUAAUACUUUCUUCUCUUUUAUGCCAGGUUCUUCCUUCUUUUGAAUCGUUCUUAUUUGCUGGAUAUCCUCGUCUCGAGAGUCCCUCACAUUCAUUAUAAACAACCACUUCCGGCACUUUCGAUAUACUUGAUAAACCUCUUGAUCUUGCCUCAACUUGACCUUGAGACUCUUCACGUACAACAACAAGUCCCCAACCAAUAUAGCUAAUACCAUCGAGUCACAACUCGACGACCACUCUUUGGAACACCACACAAAAAGGAAUCGAACACCACACCAUCCUUAGGCCGACAGCCAGUCCCAGCAAACUAUACCAAUACCAAUUAAUAACUAAACUCACCACCACAGCCAACUCUAAAAGAAAUGGAUUCCACAAUGAUGCCCCAGGCCAUUGGCCAAGGCCCUUUCUAUUUCUACAACACAGAGUCCAAGCAUGAUGUCCGACAACACUACCCUCAGCAACAGAUGCACAUGUAUCCCAUGGUCCCUACGCUUCCCUCCACUCCCGUCUACUCUCGACCCAGCUCUGCCAGCAACUCUCAGCCUCCCACGCUGUACAGCAAUGGUCCUGCCGUCAUGACUCCUACUGCUUCGCCUCAGCCCAUGUCGCAUAAGCCCGCCAUUCUGUUGGAGAACGAGCUUUACGAGAACAACCCUUACUUCCCAUCAACACCACCUCUGUCAACCUCCGGCAGCACUAUUGGCAGCCCCAGUGCCUGCGAGGUGCUUCAGACUCCCAUGAACCCCAUGUUCUCUGGUCUUGAUGGCCUUGACGGAUUCAAGGAGGCUCUGGAGCCUGUUGAGACAGCAGUCCUCGACUGGUCGAGCUGCGGCUCUCCUCCCAUGACACCUGUGUACCUCCAAUCUCAGCUUAGCAACACCGCCAGCGACAUUCUGUCCACUCCAUCUCUGUCUCCCUCACCCGCGCCUUACGCGCGAUCUGUGUCUACUCCGGAUUUGGACGUUGACUUCUGCGACCCACGAAACUUGACUGUCGGUACCGGCGCCAUCAACACCACUCUUGCUCCUGAGUUCUGUGCCGACGAGAUCAAGGUUGAGCACAAGAUUGCCUCGCAGUCUUUUGACUUCACCCCUGCUGCUCACGGCCUCCCCACCUUUGAAGACUUUUCCGACUUUGACUCUGAGGACGACUUUGUCAACAGCCUUGUCAACCUCGCCGAGGUGCCUACCAACGCUUCUGCUGACAUUACCCGACCUCGAGCUUGCACUGGUUCUUCAGUUGUCUCUCUCGGCCACGGUAGCUUCAUUGGUGACGAGGAUCUGUCUUUUGACGAGAACGAGGCUUUCCAGUUCCCUUCUCACUCCAGCCCUUCUUCCACCUGUGCUUCCACUUGUGCUUCUGAAGAUUGCCACCAGGACAAGCGUGUCAAGAAGGCUCAGUCUGAGGAGCGUCACACUGCUCCCAUCAUGAACGUUGCUGCUUCCGCUGCCGACUCUGGCAACACCCAGGAGUCUUCCAACCAGGCUGCUGAGGGUAGCGACUCUGGUGCCUCCUCUGGCUCCGAGGGUUCUCCUGCUCCCCUCCCCGCUCCUGCCAACCGCCGAGGACGCAAGCAGUCUCUUACCGAGGAUCCCUCCAAGACCUUUGUCUGCGAUCUUUGCAACCGCCGUUUCCGCCGCCAGGAACACCUCAAGCGUCACUACCGCUCUCUCCACACACAAGAGAAGCCUUUUGAGUGUAACGAGUGUGGCAAGAAGUUCUCCCGAAGCGAUAACUUGGCCCAGCAUGCCCGAACCCACGGCAGCGGUGCCAUCGUCAUGAACUUGAUCGAUGAUGACUCGCAUGCCUACGAUGCCUCUAUGGUAUCUGCCGACGACUAUAGUAAUUACGGCAAGGUCCUCUUCCAGAUCGCCUCCGAGGUUCCUGGCAGUGCCAGCGAGCUUUCUUCGGACGAGGGAAGCAACCAGGACAAGAAGAAGCGCAAGCGCUCCGACUAAAUGGUUUCAACACUAUUCAAUAUCUAACAUGAUCAAGAGAGCCAGUCGACUGUCUUGACAUAUGCCGAAACGACGCUGACGACCUUCUUCUUCUUCGGCCAUCCGCAUUCACUUGACGGUGGCAUUUGGGUCACGGAACAUUUUUCCAUUUGGGUUGCAACAACAACAACCUUGGGUUAAAGGGAACCAUAAAAGAGUGCAAGCGAUAAUGAUAGCAUUUACAAGUCGUCACUAUAACCUGUAUCAACAAUAUCCACAGCUUCCUCUACGCAUGACGACAACAGGGAGGACAUUUGAUUUUUAUCGACAUCUUGUUUUUAUUCAAGAGUUUCAAUGCAUUGCGACUGCCAAUCGUGCACACCGCCGUUUGAGCAUGGCUAUCUGGGCGACUUUGUUUUUCAACGGAUACAUCUGGCGCGAAGAGGGAAAAAAAAUUACUUGGUUUUUGAGAAUAUUUGGGAAUCCACACCUAGGAGCGAAAGAAGGUGUGAUGAGUUUGCUAGCGACAAAGACUACCAUACAAAUUUGGCUGCUUGCCGUUCUUACACUCGUUGUAAUCAUCUUGGGCGGCCAGAAGCUGGAACUGAAGGCUUGCCGGAGUGACGGUAUCACUUGACGGCGAUGGGAGAUGAAAGGGUCUUGUCUUUCGUCUUGCCAUAUUCUUGUGUUUACUCUAAUUCUUUGUCUGUCGUUUGCUUGCUGGAUUUAGAGAUGUCAAGGAUAUGAACGUGCUGGUCACAAUCACAGGACACUCAUUCAUCCUUACAACGCUACAUGUAUACAUUAGAAGUAUGAUCUAUUGAUCAACAAUUUACAUUGCUGCUACAUA